AUGGCGCCCAUUUCCAAGGAGACCGACUUCCUCGUGAUAGGAGGUGGUAGCGGUGGUCUCGGUGCUGCCCGUGCAGCUAGCGCCAAGUUUGGGACCAAGGCGAUGGUCAUUGAGGGCAAGCGGCUAGGAGGCACAUGCGUCAACGUCGGUUGCGUCCCGAAGAAAGUAACCUUCAACGCCGCCGCUAUCGCCGAGACGAUCCACCAAUCCAAGUCGUACGGUUUCAACGUACAGGAAACCGCCCCUUUCGAUUGGAGCACCUUUAAGAAGAAGCGCGACGCCUACAUCCUCCGGCUGAACGGCAUUUACGAGCGCAAUCUCGCCAACGACAAGGUCGAAUACGUGCAUGGCUGGGCGAAGAUUCUCUCGAAAAACCAGGUCGAGGUGACGCUUGACGACGGCACCAAGACGGUGGUCAAUGCCAAGAAGAUCCUUAUCGCCGUCGGCGGCAACCCGACUGUUCCCCCGCCGAUCCCCGGGUCUGAGCUCGGCACCAACAGCGACGGCUUCUUCGACAUCGAGACACUACCGAAAAAGGUUGCGCUCGUCGGCGCCGGCUACAUUGCGGUCGAGUUCGCGGGCAUGUUCAACGCCCUCGGCGUUGAGACGCACUUGUUCAUCCGGCACAACACCUUCUUGCGGCACUUCGACCCCAUAAUUCAGGAGGGCGUGACCAAGGAGUACGAGAGGCUGGGCGUGAAGCUGCACAAGCAGAGCGCGGCCACCAAGGUGGAGAAGGACGAGGCGGGGAAGCUUACGAUCCAUUACAAGGAAGGGGACGGCGAGGGUGUUGUUUCGGGAGUGGACCACCUCAUCUGGGCCGUUGGGCGCACGCCCGCCACCGCAGACCUCGGGUUGGAGUCGGCCGGUGUGCAGGUCAACGAGAAGGGCUACAUUGUCGCGGAUGACUACCAAAACACCAAUGUUGAGAACAUCUAUGCGCUUGGCGACGUGACCGGCCGGGUCGAGCUCACACCGGUGGCUAUUGCCGCGGGCCGCAGGCUAGCUGCGCGGUUGUUUGGACCGGAACAGUUCAGCACAUUAAAACUCGACUACAGCGGCAUCCCCUCCGUCGUGUUUGCCCACCCCGAGGUUGGGUCCAUUGGGUUGACGGAGCCGGAGGCGGUCGAGAAAUACGGGCGGGAGAACCUGAAGAUCUACAAGACGAAUUUCACCGCCAUGUACUACGCCAUGAUGGAACCCGAUCAGAAGGGCCCCACUGCCUACAAGCUGAUCUGCGCGGGGCCUGAGGAGAAGGUUGUCGGUCUACACAUUUUGGGUCUAUGGUAG